AUGAGAAUCAAGAAGAAGAAUACAAGAGGUAACGCUAGAAAUUUCAUUACCAGAUCUCAAGCUGUACGCAAAUUGCAAGUUUCUCUAGCUGAUUUCAGAAGAUUAUGUAUAUUCAAAGGUAUCUAUCCAAGAGAACCUCGUAAUAAGAAGAAGGCUAACAAGGGCUCUACCGCCCCAACUACCUUUUACUACUCAAAGGACAUUCAAUAUUUGAUGCAUGAACCUGUUUUAGCCAAAUUCAGAGAACAUAAGACUUUUGCAAAGAAAUUAACUAAAGCCUUAGGAAGAGGUGAAGUUUCGUCUGCUAAGAAAUUAGAAGAAAAUAGAAGUUCCUACAAAUUAGAUCACAUUAUAAAAGAACGUUAUCCAAGUUUCCCAGAUGCCUUAAGAGAUGUUGACGAUGCUUUGAAUAUGUUAUUCUUAUUUGCAAACCUACCAGCCACUACUCAAAUCUCUGCUAAAGUAACUAAAGAAGCUCAAACUAUAUGUAACCAGUGGUUGGCUUACGUUGCCAGAGAACGUCUUGUUAGAAAAGUUUUUGUUUCUAUCAAGGGUGUCUACUACCAAGCUACUAUAAAAGGUGAAGAAGUUAGAUGGUUAGUUCCAUACAAGUUCCCGGAAACUAUUCCAACUGACAUCGAUUUAAGAAUCAUGUUGACAUUUUUGGAAUUCUAUUCAACUUUAUUGCAUUUUGUUUUGUUCAAAAUGUACACAGAUAGUGGUUUAGUCUAUCCUCCUAAAUUAGAUUUAGAAAAGGAUGAGAUAAUAAGUGGUCUAUCCUCUUACAUUUUAUCAUCAAAGGACGAAAAAUCUACAGUUUUUGAUUCUGCAACUGAACAAUCUAAUAGCGAUAACGUUGCCACUUUAGAUUCAUCCGCUUUAGAAUCAGCCUUACACGCAGAUGAAGACAAAGAAGACCCACAACAAGAUCAAGAAGAUGAUGAAGAAAACGUUGAAAGCGUUGAGUUAGACACAUUUGAAGACAACACUAAAAAUAAGGGUGAUUUGCUAGCUCAACCAACUGAAUUCGAUUCUCCAGUAGCAACUUUAUUCUCUGAUUUCGUAUUUUUCAUUGGUAGAGAAGUUCCAACUGACAUUGUUGAAUUCUUGAUAUUGUCUUGUGGUGGUACUGUCAUUACUGAAGUUGCAUUAGAUCAUGUAGAUGAUGAAAAGAAGGAAAAGAUGGACUUAUCAAAGAUUACACAUCAAAUUGUUGAUAGACCAGUUUUAAAAAAUAAAGUUGCUGGCAGAACAUACAUUCAGCCACAAUGGAUAUUUGACUGUAUCAAUAAAAUGGAAUUAGUUCCAGCUAACCUCUACUUGCCAGGUGAACCACUACCGCCACAUUUAAGUCCUUGGGGAGAUGCUAUUGGUUACGACCCAAAUGCUGAAGAUGAUGAGGAAGCUGGCUCCGAAAGUGAAGAAGAAGAGGAAGAGGUUGCAGAAGAUGAAAACGAAGAAGUCGCUGUUGAAGAAGAUGAAGAUGACGAAGAUCUUGCAGCUCAAAAGGAACUUGAAAUGGAAGCAAAGGGUAUUGCAUACAGUGAUGUAAAGGAUACCAUCAAGAGCGACAACAAGAGCAAAAAGAGAAAGAAUGUAACUGAAGAAGAUGAAGAAAAAGAAUUGAAGAUGAUCAUGAUGAGUAAUAAACAACGUAAAUUAUACAAGAAGAUGAAAUACUCGAAUGACAAGAAACAAGAAAAGGUCGAUAACCUAAAGAAGAAGAAAGCGCAAAUUUCGAAGACUAAAAAGAAAUUGGAAAAGUUAGAGAAGAAGUAA